AUGAAACUGUCGACCUGUUUAAAUAGUACAUCUUAUCGACCGCGAUUGGUGCUCGGUGUUUCGAGACUGUCCUCAUUGGAGUACCUUAGAUUUCGGAAUCCCGAUCUGAACGAAGAUCAAAUAUUGUCGAGGAUGAAAGAGGAGGGACAGGAUCCGCAAGAAAUUCUUACCGAGCAUCAAGAACAGAUUUCUUGCGAGCAAAAUCUAGCAGCUGUUCUCAAGAAACUCGAUAUUAGUUUUCGUAUCACGAAAAGGAUAGGAGACGCAACGAAAUGCGUGAAAUGGGCGGACUUGGUGAUUCCCAUCGGUGGAGAUGGUACGUUCCUUCUGGCGUCUAAGUUGAUUUCAGACAACAAAAAGCCAGUGCUCGGAAUCAAUCCCGUAGUAUCGGACAAAAAUACUUAUUUCACGCUUCCUUAUAAGUAUACGACUAAUAUGGAGAGUAUAUUUGAGAAACUUCAUUCAGGAGAAUACGAAUUAUUGAUGAGAAGUCGCAUACGAACAGUAAUGACUGGAGAAGGACUUUAUUGUCGACCUUUUCACAUACACGAAAAAGACCGUACAAAAGGAGAGAAAAGAAGCCAGUCUCUUAUACGAUCGAAAGGAAAGAAAAUAUCAGAUGCUCUUCAGCCUCGUCGUAGAAUUUUACCCUGGUUAGCUCUGAAUGAAGUGUUCAUAGGAGAAUUUUUGGCAGUCAGACCAAUAACGUUACAUCUACAAGUGGAAGAUCAAGAAGGAUACGUGUUUCGGUCGUCAGGUAUAUGCGUUUGCACAGGCACUGGUUCUCGAUCCUGGUACAGAUCCAUGAACGUUAAACCAGCUGAUACUGUUCAAAGCAUCGUCGAGAUGGCAAUUGGUAAAAAAUUAACCAUCGAAGAAACUAAUAAAUUAUUGUAUAAAUAUCGUCAAAGUCUGCUAUAUCCUGCAGAAGAUCUACGAAUGACGUACAUGAUACGCGAGAUGUAUCGUGCACCACGUUGCUGGAGAAACAAAUGUUAUCCGGAUAGAGAAAUGUGUAAUAAAAUAACGGUAAAAUCGUAUGGAUUUGACGCUGGUCUGAUAAUAGACAGAAGUAUUUCUUUGCCAUUUAACGAUGGUGCGAGUGCCUCUUUCGACAUCAAACCUGAAUACGCCCUGAUGAAUAUCAUUAUGACCUAA